GUGGUCGUGGUGGUGCCGCCGCCGAGCCGCGGCCGCCCUCCGGCUCCCUUCCCUCGGCGGGGCGAUGGGAGCGGGGCCGGCGUGCCUGUACCUCUGCCUGUGCUGGGCGCUGGCCGCCCGGGCGAGCGGCGCGACGGAGCCGCGGCUGCAGCGGGGCAUGCCAAAUGUUUGUCCAGUGUUUGAGUUGGCACUGGUAGGACACCAACAGCCAUGUGUUCAAGCCUUUAGUCGUAUGGUCAAGAUGUGGAAACAAGGUUGUACAAGGAGGAGAUGGUGUAUGGGCUAUGAGAGAAGGUCUGGGUACUACACAGUUUACAAGCAGAUGUACAGAAUGGAGCGUCAAACUGUCUAUAAGUGCUGCCCUGGUUGGAUCCAACAUGACAAUGAACCUGGCUGUUUGCACUUGCUGUGCAGUGUUGGCACUUGCUUCAAUGGAGGGAAAUGUUCUGAAACAGGAUCCCAGAUGUGCCAAUGUCCUGCAGGAUUUCAGGGUCCUCGCUGCCAGUAUGACGUGAAUGAGUGCGCCACUGAGAACGGUGGCUGUCAUGACCAGUGCUGUAAUACCAUCGGCAGCUACCACUGCAAAUGUCCAGCUGGCCAGAAACUGGAGGAAGAUGGAAAAUCAUGUGGAGACGUGGAUGAGUGUGCGGUGGUGAAUGGUGGCUGCCAGCAAGGCUGCGUCAACACGCACGGCUCCUUCCACUGCCAGUGCCAGGCGGGAUACAGGCUCCAUGCUGAUGGGCGCACUUGCAUAGCCAUCAAUUCCUGCAGCGUUAACAGGGGGGGCUGCGAGCAGGAAUGCGUUCAGCUCGGUGAAGACCGCUACAAGUGCCAGUGCCAGCCGGGCUACCAGCUGAAGAGGGAUGCCAAAUCCUGUGAAGUGAUAGACCCCUGCACAAGUGGGAAUGGAGGAUGCUCACAAAUCUGUCAGAAUGAGAGAGGAAUUGCAAAAUGCGAGUGUCAUCCAGGGCAUUAUCUUUCUGCAGACAAAAAGUCCUGUUUAGACAUUGAUGAGUGUGCAGAAGGGAGAGCCAGGUGUGCUCAUCGUUGUGUGAACACUCUGGGAUCCUUCACCUGUGUCUGUAAUCCCGGCUUCGAGCUGGGGGCUGAUGGAAAGCAGUGCUACCGCAUUGAAAUGGAAAUUGUCGAUAGCUGCCAGGACAACAACGGUGGCUGCUCUCACCACUGCGAGCACACGACUGCGGGGCCGCGCUGCUCCUGCGACGACGGCUAUCGCCUCGAUUUUGAUGGCAAAAUGUGCGCAGAGCUGGACGAGUGCGAGACCGGAGAGUCCUGCUGCUCCCAAUUCUGCAUCAAUUAUGCAGGUGGCUACGAGUGUGCCUGCAAAGCGGGGUUCCAGCUGAACGCCGACGGCUGCGCCUGCGACGAUGUGGAUGAAUGUCGCCUUGAUAAUGGCAACUGCGACCAUUUCUGCAUUAAUUCUCUGGGGUCAUACGAAUGUGCAUGUAAGGAGGGUUACAGGCUUGGUGUUAACAGACGGUCCUGCAUCGCCCUAGGUGGGGAGGAGGUGGAUGCUGAGGAGGCAGCGGGGUUCGCCGCGGCUCCGGGGCUGCAGUUCAGAGGUCCCCCCCAGCUCCUUCGCUACGCGCUCGGUGCCGUCUACAAGGAUGAAGAUCCCCGAGGAGAGCUCACCCUGGUGCAGAGGGUCGUUUGCCUUGAUAACACUUUUGGCAAUGACUGUAGCUUGAGCUGUGAGGAUUGUCUGAACGGAGGCAGAUGUAACAGUGAACACAGUGGCUGUGUUUGCUCACCUGGGUGGACCGGCAUUAUCUGUAAUGAAACUUGCUCCCCCGGGACAUACGGCAGAGGCUGUGCCAGCGUUUGCAAGUGCCAGAACGGAGGCUCCUGCGACCCCGUCACGGGGCAGUGCCGCUGCCCGCCCGGCGUGCACGGCAAGCUCUGUGAAGAUGGUUGCCCAAAAGGCCUCUUUGGGAAGAACUGUAACAAACCGUGCAACUGUGCCAACAACGGCUACUGCCACAGACUCUAUGGAGCCUGCCUGUGUGACCCCGGGCUCUAUGGGCGCUUCUGCCAUCUUACUUGUCCCAGGUGGGCCUUCGGAGCUGGCUGCUCGGAGGAGUGUCAGUGCGUGAAAGAGCACACGCUGGAAUGCAGCGCAAGGAACGGGACUUGCACCUGCAAGCCUGGUUAUCACGGCAAAAAGUGUCAGAAAGAGUGCAUGCCUGGCUUUUAUGGGGCUGGUUGCAAACUGAGGUGCAGCUGUCCUACCGAUGUUUUGUGUGAUCAUGAGACGGGAGUCUGCAAACAUCCAUGUCCACCUGGGUUUCAUGGAGAAAAAUGCCAUUUAUCUUGUCAGCCCGGGAGCUUUGGCAUGAACUGCAGGCAGAGGUGCAGCUGUGGAGAAGCACCAUGCGAUCCAAAGACGGGACAGUGUAUUUGCCCAGCUGGGAAGACUGGUGCUACGUGUGAGCAAGAUUGCCCGGCCGGCCGGUGGGGACCAAACUGCCGGUCCUCCUGUGAGCCCUGCGCCAACGGCGGACAGUGCAACAGAGAAACUGGAGCCUGUGACUGUCCCCCUGGCUACUCCGGGGCAUCCUGCUCUGCAUCCUGCCCCGAUGGUUACUAUGGACAAAACUGCCUGCUGUUAUGCAGCUGUAGCAGCAGUGCUCAGUGUCACCACGUCACCGGAGAGUGCACGUGUCCCCCCGGCUGGACUGGCCACGACUGCAAACACCCCUGCAAUAGUGGCCGUUGGGGACAGCGCUGUGAAAACACGUGUGUCUGCAAUAACAGCGACGGUAGCUGCGAUCCGGUCACCGGCUCCUGCUUCUGUGAGCCGGGAUUCACUGGGAAACACUGUGAAUGGAGAUGCCCCGAGGGAAGCUUUGGCCCGAGCUGCGAGUACAGCUGUCAGUGCCAGAACGGAGCUGCCUGCGACCACGUGAGCGGAGCCUGUACUUGCGCAGCGGGCUGGACAGGAACCUUUUGUGGAAGAGCUUGUCCAGAUGGAUUCUUUGGGCUUGACUGCCACCAGGUGUGCAAGUGCAAGAAUGCUGCUGGCUGUGACCACGUCCUGGGAACAUGCCGCUGCCUCCCCGGCUGGCUGGGAGAGACCUGCGAGCAGCCCUGCCAGGGGGACAGCUACGGGCCAGGCUGCAGCCACACUUGCCACUGUCACAACGGAGCGCUCUGUCAUCAUGUAACCGGGACGUGCCUUUGUAGCCCGGGGUGGAAAGGAGCCACCUGCCAAGAAGCCUGUCCUCCUGGAUGGUAUGGUGCAAACUGUCUACAGCGCUGCGUCUGCCACGGCCAGGCGACGUGUGACCGCGUGACGGGCGAGUGCCUGUGUCCCCAGGGUUGGACGGGGAUAGCGUGUGAGCUGGAGUGUGGGGACGGGAGGUACGGAGAGGGCUGUGAGCACAACUGUAGCUGCCACCAUGGGGUUUGUGACCAGCACUCAGCGAAAUGCAUCUGCCACGCCGGCUGGACUGGGGACCGCUGUGAUGUUGUCUGUCCCCCGGGAUUUUUUGGCAAGCAGUGUGAGGAGCAAUGUGACUGCGUGCACGGCUUGUCUUGCCACCAUCAAACUGGAGCAUGUCACUGCGAAAAGGGAUGGCGAGGGAGGCACUGUGACAAACCUUGCUUGCCCGGCCGCUAUGGCACGGGCUGUGCCCAGCGGUGCCGGUGUCCCGUGGGUACCCCCUGCCAUCACCUGACGGGCGAGUGCGGCUGUCCUCCGGGAUUCACCGGCUACGGCUGUGAGAAAACUUGUCCACCGGGCACGUAUGGUAAGAACUGUAACCGAGUAUGUCAGUGCUCUGCCGAGAAUGAGGAAUGUCACCCGGUGACCGGCGACUGUGUGUGCCGCCCGGGGUAUUAUGGGGCCCGCUGCAACCUCCGGUGUCCAAAAGGUACUUACGGUUCAAACUGCCAAACCCCCUGUAAAUGCAUGAAUGGAGGCCAGUGCGACCCUGCGUCAGGAACUUGUGAUUGCGCGCCUGGUUUCAUUGGAGCCGACUGUAGUAAAACUUGCCCUGAAAACCGAUACGGGAAGGACUGCACCCUGUUCUGUGCAUGUGGUAAAGGUCAGUGUGACCCACGGACUGGCAAGUGUACCUGUCUUCCCGGCCAAAUGGGACCCAGCUGUCAGCAAGUGUGUCCCCAGGGACAAUAUGGCCCCAACUGCCACCUGACAUGUACCUGUCAGAACGGUGGUAUCUGUGACCACGUGGAUGGCAACUGCACUUGUGGCCUUGGCUGGACAGGAAGAUCGUGCGAGAAAGAAUGUCUCCCAGGGAAGUACGGGUCUGGCUGCGGCUUGGACUGCUCGUGCCAGCACAACGGCACCUGCGACAGGUUCACGGGCUGCUGCCAGUGCCCCGAAGGUUACUACGGCCACUCCUGUGAGCACAGGUGUCCCUUUGGAUUUUAUGGGCUAAGCUGUCUUCAUGCAUGUGCCUGUAAAAAUGGAGCGAGCUGUGAUGCGGUGACAGGACAGUGCAUUUGUCCGUUGGGCUAUCAAGGUGUCUACUGCGAGAAAGGCUGCGACAGGGGCUGGUUUGGAGAGAGGUGCCGGCACCGGUGCGACUGUGGAGGAGCUCCUUGUGAUCCAGAGACUGGGAAGUGCCUUUGCCCACCUGGGAAGACUGGAGACAAAUGUGACGUUGAAUGCAGGUCAGACCAGUACGGCCCCGACUGCUCCCUGCGAUGCCAGUGUGCCAGCAAAUCCCAGUGCAAUCCGUACAACGGGAACUGCGUAUGCCCAGCCGUGUGGAUGGGGCCAACCUGCAAAGAAGGUGGCCCUCCAAAGCUUCCUUUUUAUGAAGAACAAACUCAAGAAAGAGGGAAUAUUUUUCCAAGAGUUCUACAACAGUAACAUUUGGACUAAUAAAUGAACUGUUUUAUAUGCACAGACGGUAUUUGAAUUUGGAUAUGAAAACAGCUAUUCAAUUCAGCUUGAAUUGUACUGAAGUAUUCACACUUCUUAUGGAAGACUACAGAGGCCAUUUAGUAGCUGGAUCCUUUUAAAAAGUUGAAUCUGUUUCAUGUAUUUAUUCCUAGCUCUUACCCUUCCAUUAAUCUGCUCUGGACAUUCUUUCUGAUAUAUAAUAUAAUUCAUUGUUUGAAAGCUUGGACAUGCUUUUAAUAAGACCAGCUCCAAAGACUAUCAGGCUAAGCAGUAUGUAACAUAUCAACGUGCAGUGAGCCACACCACGUAUAAGUGGCUUUCUGAACCUGCUUGACAACCAGCAUGAAGUUUAAUGAGCAUUUCACGGAUUAUGAAGCCAAUAUGGAUUCACUGCAAAAUCACAUUGCACAGAAACUAGUGGGAUUCACCAAAUUAAUUCCUCUUUGAAGAACAUUGUGUGCUCUAGAAAAGCAUUCAGUCUAAUUUUAAACUUGCAACUGAAGAAGAAUCCACCACAGUCCUCGAUAAGUUUUUAAUUAAUUUAAGAAUAUGUACCACAUUGCUAGCGUGGAUUGACUGAUUGGAAGGUCUCCAUCUAUAUCUUGCAUAUGUCUGAAACCAUCUUCCAAAGAGCAUGGUGUCAUCUGUCACACUUUUGUGGCUUUCUAUGUUCUCCCAUCUCGUCAGUUGAGUUUCUCGGUGGUUUGUCGAGUCAAACUGCACAGCAGUUCUCACCAAACAGUACCUGCUAAUGCAGAAAAGAGUUAUAUCUUGGAUAGAGGAAGCAGAUAGUAAGCAAGGAUAUAUGUUUAAAGAUAAUCUCUGUGUUCUUUAUAUAAAGGAUUAUAAUGUGCUUUUACUGCACAAUAGUUUGAUUAAGUCAGCUUUAAAAAGUCCUGAUACAAUUCAACAGCUGCUGUUGGUCACUUAAUAGAACAAAGACAUUUUGGUGCUAUUUUGUCUUUUUAGACAGGUUGUUCUUUAAUAUAGGACUAUGUCAUAAUAUAGAAAUAAUGUUCUUUAUUUUAAUGUUCUGAGUUAACCAGACUAAAAGAUUUCAGAGUACCUCUUUAUACCUCUCUUUAGGUUAGGAGUUAGUUACAAAAUCUAUGUAGUAACAACCUCUUGAGUCUGACUAUAUCAAAAGUGCACUUAUUAAAGGGCGUCA